CUCUCCCUCUCCCUCUCCCUCUCUUUUUCUCCACCACCACCCACACACAACGUCGACAACUUAAGGGCCGCCUUGCCACGCGCCACUGCAACUCAGCAUACGCACACCUCGGACGAAACGGGAUGGAUUUUGCUUUACCGUUGGUUUCUUCCGGAACCCCACUUGCUUGGGGAGUGGUGGUGGAAAGAUGUCUACGUCGCCUGACGUUGGGCAACCACAUCUUUUGUCGCAUUUGACGAGGUUCAAGCCCUUCGUCGGCUACUCUGUGCACUGCACUGCCCCUCGACGUUGCGGCCGCGGGAAAGGUGGUGGGGGGGGACGAGCACGACGGCCCCUUUGUACAUGUUCAAUUUCCCGUUCCAAGGACACUCACUCAGUCGGCUCCUUGGACAUCCUUCAGCAGGAUGCGGUGUGCGAGGGCCAGAGGGAUGACGAUGUUGUGGAGCCUAAAUCAAGCUUCGGGUCUCCCAAAGCGAAUGGGCAACAAGUGAAGCGACAGAGAUCCCGAACCCAUCUCCGGCGAGGCCAGGCCAAAGCCUGCGCCCGGCUCAAUAACCGGGACGCGACCACGGCCCAGCAAGCAGCCAACAAGCAUAAGAAAGUGGGCAAGCAGCAGCAGUCGACCAGGAUGAGGACAAGGACAAGGUCGUCCAUCUACUGUGCAUACUAUGUAGUGCAACCGACCCCAACGCCGACGUCGGUCGUCCCCGGCUCUGGCCGCUGUGUAGUUAGUUAACGCAACACAUGCGUGGUACGUCUAGCCGCCCACCCCCAUGCGUGUCUGCUUGCCUUUCCUUGCCUUGCCUUGCCUUGCC